AUGAAACUCCCGAACUGGGCCCCGUCAUGGUUCAAGCCGCUGGUCGACGAUGAGGAGCAGGGGGGCAAGCAUCUGCAUCCUGGUCCUCUUCCGAGGAGCGGAGACCGAUCCUUCCUGUCCUUGCUCUUCUUCUCAUGGUACAACGAACUGCUCCAGACCUCUCGUCGUCGCGAUCUGGAUCAAGAAGAUCUGUGGACGCUGCCGGCCGGGUACAGCUCUGAGGACUGGGCCCGACCGAUCGCUCACCAUAGUCGACUAUGGGAGAUGAUGAAAGGAUCGAAACUGCUCGCACUGUACGCAUGGUGUGGCUUCCUGCGGCUGUGCUCAGAGCUGGGCUCCAUGGCGUCGCCGCUGCUGAUGAACCAGAUGCUCAAGUACCUGUCUGAUCAGUCCACCGUGUUUGCAGCAGCCCAUCAUCACUCGUACACUGAAGGAUACAUCAUCGCCUUUCUCAUGCUCGUGGCCGCUGUCUUCCAGAGCCUGUGUCUCCAACACUACAUCGGGCUCUGCUUCGAAUGCGGAGCAUUCGCUCGUUCGACGGUGAUGAACCUUGUCUUUGGUAAAGUUCUCCGCUUGCAGAGCAGCUCGAUACAGGAGUUCAUUCUAUUCGGGCACAACAUCUGGAGCGCUCCUUUCACUGCCUCUUGGGUGAUUGGCAUGCUGCUCAGCAUUCUGGGUUUCUCAGCGACGGCUGGGAUCAUUCUUACCAUCGUACUGAUCCCUCUUCAAUCUUACAUCGCAAGAUGCAGCGAGAAAUUCCGGUCGGAGACACUCAAGUACUCUGAUCUCCGCCUGAAGAUUGUCGGGACUACCCUGGAGGGCAUCCGGACGGUGAAGCUUUCAGCGUGGGAGAAGGAGGUAGAGAAGAAGCUGCAUGUCAUACGGCAGUCAGAAGCAAAGGCUAUCCGCAACUCAGCUGUCCUCCUUUCCCUCAACAGGGCCCUGAUGGACGCCUCUCCUAUCCUGGUUGCUCUUGCUACCUUCACCAUCUACACCCUACUUGGCAACGAGCUCACGGCCGAUAAG